CCUGGGUGUCAGCUGAUGAGGGAUCGGCAGGCCACAGCGGUCCUGCCUGCUCGCCUGCCUCUCAGCCAGGAGCUGCCCCUAUCCACAGAUCAGGGAGGAAGGAUCUGGGUGAAGGGCUCGACGGCGUCUUGUUGGGUUUUUUUUCCCGUUUGAAUUAUUUAUUACCUCUCUCUGCAGACCAGGGACAGGAGGGAAAGUGAGGCUGUUUUAGUCUGUUUUGCCUUUGACCUUAUUACUUUUGGAGUUAACAAAGUGGCUUGAGGAUAUUUUCUGAGUGAAACAGGAACCCUUGACUAGUCAACUCAGCAUGGGGACUGAUGAGUCCUACAAUUUUGUCUUCAAAGUUGUUUUGAUAGGGGAGUCUGGCGUGGGAAAGAGCAACCUCCUCUCCCGCUUCACCAAGAACGAGUUCAAUCAUGACAGUCGCACAACCAUCGGUGUGGAGUUCAGCACGCGGACCGUUCAGGUGGACAACUUCACCAUUAAAGCUCAGAUCUGGGACACAGCGGGGCUGGAGCGCUACAGGGCCAUCACCUCAGCGUACUACAGGGGAGCCGUCGGAGCGCUGCUGGUCUAUGACAUCAGCAAGCACCUGACGUACGAGAGCGCAGAGCGGUGGCUCAAGGAGCUGUACGACCAUGCGGACCCUCACAUGGUGGUCAUGCUGGUGGGGAACAAGAAGGACCUGGACAGCGUCAGGACCGUGCCCACGGAGGAGGCCAGGGUCUUCGCAGAGAAGAAAGGUCUUAUGUUUAUGGAGACGUCAGCGUUGGACUCCUCCAACGUCGAAGCUGCUUUCAAUGAAGUGCUCAAAGCGAUCCAUAAGAAGGUGUCCAGUCGAGAGGUGACCCGCGGCUCCAUCAGCGCCGUGACCCUGUCCAGCCCCAUCGGGCCGACGAGCGAGGCACAGAAGGACAGCAGAGGCUGCUGCGGCGGCUCCUAACAGGACGCGGGCCGCGCUGAAUCAACUCAAAUCAUCAUCAAAUCAUCUGGAAGCUCAGGCGUGACGUCAUUCACACACAGUCACAGAGGAAGGGACCUGCAAACAGCAAGAAAUUAAGUUAGGAGGAAAUCCAAGGUUCAUAUACUACGUGUUGCAGUGGCUAACGGGUGUUACUACUAUUCACUUUGAUUUGCUGUAAUCCAUCUUUGUAUGUCAAGCUUUCUAUUGCUUUUUAUAAAGAAAUUAACUGGGAGAAUUUGGAAUAAAUUAUUUAUUUUA